AAAAAAAACACAAAUAGAAGAACCUUAACAAGGGUUUUGAGUUUGACUUUCAUUCAAUCUCUUACAACUGAACUUCUUCUCUACAAUCACCAUGGCAGGUACACACCUCCUCUCUCACUCUUAUUCCCUUCCCAAAACCCACAACCACGCUUUCACCAGAAACCCAUUACCUCAAAACCUUCUCUUCCCUCUCAAAUCCAAACCCACCAUCAAACCGUGCGUUCUCAGAGCAGUUCUAUCUCAAAACACCGCCAAAACCCCACUAGAAACCCCAAAGAACUCUCAUUUUCAGCAUUGUUUCAGCAAAUCCGAAGAUGGGUAUCUGUAUUGUGAAGGUCUCAAGGUGGAUGAGCAUUUUCAGCAUUGUUUCAGCAAAUCCGAAGAUGGGUAUCUGUAUUGUGAAGGUCUCAAGGUGGAUGAGAUUAUGGAGUCUGUUGAAAAAAGGCCUUUUUAUUUGUAUAGUAAACCCCAAAUUACUAGGAAUGUUGAAGCUUAUAAGAGUGCAUUGGAAGGGUUAACGUCUAUUAUUGGUUAUGCUAUUAAGGCCAAUAAUAACUAUAAGAUUUUGGAGCAUUUGAAGAAUUUGGGUUGUGGUGCUGUGCUUGUUAGUGGAAAUGAGCUUAAACUUGCUCUUCGUGCUGGAUUUGAUCCCACAAGGUGUAUCUUUAAUGGAAAUGGGAAAAUCUUGGAGGAUUUGGUCUUGGCUGCCGAAGCAGGUGUGUUUGUCAACAUUGACAGUGAGUUUGAUUUGGAAAACAUUGUGGCUGCUGCAAGAAUUGCUGGAAAGAGGGUGAAUGUUUUACUUCGGAUUAAUCCUGAUGUUGAUCCGCAGGUCCAUCCUUAUGUUGCCACCGGAAAUAAGAACUCUAAAUUUGGCAUUAGAAACGAGAAGCUGCAAUGGUUUUUAGAUGCUGUCAAGGAGCACCCUGUUGAACUGAAGCUUGUAGGAGCCCACUGUCAUCUUGGAUCAACCAUUACCAAGGUAGAUAUUUUCAGGGAUGCAGCCACUAUUAUGGUCAACUACAUUGACGAAAUCCGAUCUCAGGGUUUUGAAGUUGACUAUUUAAAUAUUGGUGGUGGACUUGGGAUAGAUUAUUAUCAUGCUGGUGCUGUCCUUCCUAAACCCAGAGAUCUAAUUGAUACUGUGCGGGAGCUUGUUCUUUCCCGUGGUCUUAAACUCAUCAUUGAACCAGGGAGAUCACUUAUAGCAAAUACCUGCUGCUUAGUUAACCGGGUGACAGGUGUCAAAACCAAUGGCUCUAAAAACUUUAUCGUGAUUGAUGGAAGUAUGGCCGAACUUAUCCGCCCAAGUCUCUAUGACGCUUAUCAGCAUAUCGAGCUGGUUUCCCCUGCCCCAGCAAAUGCCGAGAUUGCUACUUUUGAUAUAGUCGGCCCUGUCUGUGAGUCUGCCGAUUUCUUAGGAAAAGAAAGACAACUUCCAACUCCUGCCAAGGGUACUGGUCUAGUAGUUCAUGAUGCUGGUGCUUACUGCAUGAGUAUGGCAUCUACUUACAAUCUAAAGAUGCGUCCUCCCGAGUAUUGGGUUGAAGAUGAUGGAUCAUUGAGCAAAAUCAGACACGGUGAAACAUUCGAAGACCAUAUCCGGUUCUUUGAGGGGCUUUAAACUGAUUUAAAUCAUCUGAUGCUUGUGAUGUGUUGUAUUUGGGGUUUGGAUCUUUCCUUGUUCAAGAAUGUGAUAUUUUGGUUUUGUUUCUUUGAUUCUAAUGUACACUCUUGAAGGGAAGGAAGAAUAAAAAUAAGUGUGUUUGCAAGUA